AUGCGGAAAUCAUCCAACCCUAAACGUAGAAGGCAUCAAGCUGUUGAAAGUGCUAGUGCAGUUUUGAUGAAACAUCUUUUGGAAGAAGAAAAAAAUGAAAAAGAAAAAGAUGAUAUUGAUCUUUUCUUUGACACCAUGAAAGCUAGGGUAAAAAAAUUUAAUGCCGGAAAUGAACUUUUGACUAAACAAAGAGUUUUUGGUGUAAUCAGUGAACUGGAGGAGUUUAAUUUGAAUCAAUUGGCACACUCUUCGUCUGUUACAAACGUUCACCAACAUGCUAAGCCAACCUAUUUACAGCCAACUAAUAACAGCCAACUUAAUAACCAAGAUGUUCACAAUGCGUCACCCCAGUAUUCUCCGGCAAGCUCUAAUCAAACUACAGGUUCCUACUUAGAAGCUUUUUUCCCACCAGAAAACUUUGCAUAA